UCUGGUGCAGCAUGAGCGCCGGUCUGUGCAGCAGCUACUACAGAGCCAACGGGACGUUUGAGGACAGUUUCUCUUGCCCCAAACCUGGAAAUGCCGCGCUCGCCGUCUAUUGCUGUGGAUUUAACGACUACAAAUACUGUUGCAACGACCCCAACAGUUUCUUCCCCUACGACUAUGGAUACAUGUGGUGGCUGAGUUUCGGCGCCCUUGUUGGCCUGUCGAUUGCCGCUGUGGUCCUCCUGGCGUUCCUCAUCACAGUGUGCGUCCUCUGCUACCUCUUCAUCGCUACCAAGCCCAGCUGCCUGGACUCUGGUCUGCCUCUGCGAGCACCAGGGGGUGAGUCCGCCGCCGGGUCCGGUAACGGGCAAGCAGCGCCUGGUCCGCAGGGGUUCCGGAAGCACUUCAUGAGCCGAAAGCUUCACUCUGACAACCAGCCUCAGGACCCGGAGCGACUAUUCCAGCGUUGCUUCACGGCAACGGUCACUAGCGUUCGAGUGGAAAGUCCUUCGUAAUUCGUGGGGGCGGACGGACCCUUCAGACUGGAGAGACACCGGCGCGCAUGAGGACCUCCGUCCUCCUGUGGAUGGUGGGGCUGUGGAGGUCAAGAUAUGAGCUGCCGUAAUGCAGACCACUGGCUUCAACAUUCCGCGGCACGAGUGCAGCCUAAACCGCUGCACCUUAUCAGGGAUGAGACUGGAACAGUUCAGUCACAGCGAGAGCUUCAAAGGACCCACCACAUAAUAGCACUCAGUGAGGUGCCCUGCUGUGAAAAUGCCUUCUUAUAAAUACCGUGUCUCGUUCAAGCAGAACAAAAUGUAAUUGCAGGAGGAACCAGAGCUGUAACCAAGAGGGUGUCAGUGCGGCUCUGUAGUGGUGGUUUAAUGUAGCAUUGUUGCCGAAUGUGUCACUCUCUGCGUCAUAUGCUCUAUUUUCUUUUGUUUUGGACAGAAAUGGUUCACUUUCAGUGGAGCGGGGCAAAAAACGUUUGUGAUUCUGUGUGUCAAACUCAAGGCCCCGGGGCCUAAUCCAGCCUGCUAACUCAAGCCAUGUGGCCUCUGAAUAUGUUGUGGGUUUAGUAUGGUUCCAUGCCACAAUCCAGCGAUCACAUUCAAAUUAGCGUAGCGCUCUCUUAAGGUGGGUUUCCAUUAGCUUUGGAAUUAGAAAGAUCUAAAUAGCAUAAAUUGUAAAAAGCUUUUUACAAAAACAAUCCUAAUGCAAAAAUCAUCAUGAGGUUUUGCGCUGAUGUCAGGAAACUUGAGUAUAUCGCAUCAGUUCCACGUCCCCCACAGCGUAAGAUUUGAAUAGCAUCAUCCGCUACAAACAAUCCUUAAUGGAAACAAGUUCAAAAUGCAGGUGUGGAAAUUUUAGAACUAGCGUGGUCUAAACAAACCGUAUAAACCAGCUAUGGCUGGCAACAAAACAGGUUAGCCGUGCUAGCGUAGUCAAACAUUGCCCGAUUUCAACACCCACUUGGGUGUAUUUCAAGCAACAGCCAUUAAUCCGAUGCUUCUUUUGCGUGUCGUGUGCGAUGCCAUCACCAAAGAACACUGACAGACUUAUUCAGUCGGCCGCCUCUGUCCCUUGUGUGUGACUUUACAACUGCUGUGGUGACUUUACAACAUGUUGAUGCCACACUUUUGUGCCUUAUCUUGUUUGAGCAGUGAAGCUGAACGUGGUGUUGCUGGUGGGAGGGGGUGUUGUUCUGCGGUGUUUCAACGUGUCAGUCACGUGUGCCAGUAAACUUGUUGAUAUGUACAGUACAUGAGCUUGUGUGUUACUCUGCAGCACAACGCUGCGUCCGACGGCCAAGCUGUUCCUGACUGUGCCUUCUUUCACUUCUUCUCCACUCCUCAGCUGUGUACACCGCCUUCUCCAUGUCAGUUCUUUUGAGCAUCCUGUAGGAGGCGUACAAGGGUUGGCCUCCCAAUAAGUUGGACCCAAGAUCUCCCUGGAUCAUGUCCAUGACAGGUUGAAGGUCAGUCUCAGACCUGGACUAUGUGGAAGAGAGGUUUUGUUCCAGAGUGAUGGGAACAUAUCUGAGCCAUUUGUUUCUGUUGCCACAAUCAGAAAUGGAUGGUUCAUUCUGUCAAU